AUGAAGCGACACAUCCAGGACUUCAGUCAGGACUCCGAGCUGGAGUUCCACUGGGGUUAUGCCUCCCGCCAGGUCCCCUGCACCAGCGAUGCCGGAGCCUGUGCCUAUCUCGAUGCUGUCUACCAUGAGCACGACCUCGGGAUGAUUUAUACCUUCAUUCUUUGGGCGGUGAUCUGCGGAGGCUUAUUUCUGUGGGCGCUGGGACGACAUCUCUUCCCUCUUGCUCGGGUGGCCGGUCCCUCCAAGGAGCAGGUCGCUGAAGGCUCUCGUCCACGACAGAAUGCCUGGCACCGACUGGGGACUGCCAUCAGGGCCUUCAGUCGACGACAUCUGCUUCCUGAGAGCGUGACGACUGUCUUCGGGCAUACAACCCGCCUGCAGAUCCUGAUCCUCACCAUCUUAGUCGCAUACCUCACUGUCUUCACCUUCGUCGGAAUCACAUACAAAGUCUGGUACAGCCCAGUCUCCGGCUCGCCGGGGGUCUACAACACCAGGACCGGUCUGGGACCCUGGUCUGACCGUAUCGGCAUCCUUGCCUUUGCAUUGACGCCGCUGUCUGUUCUUCUGUCAAGCCGCGAAUCCCUCCUAUCUCUCAUCACCGGCGUCCCCUACCACCACUUCAUGUUCCUGCACCGCUGGACCGGCUAUAUCAUCUACAUCCAAUCCGCCCUCCACACAAUCGGCUGGACCAUCAUCGAGGGCAAGCUCUACCAGCCCCAGCCCUCUGCCUGGAACGAAUGGGUUGCCCAGCCGUACAUCAUCUGGGGCAUCGUCGCCAUGAUCCUGCUCUCGGUGAUGGUCGCCGGCAGCACAAAAUGGGGCAUCCGCCUGACAGGAUACGAAUUCUUCCGCAAAUCGCACUACGUCCUCGCCAUGAUCUACAUCGGCGCCUGCUGGGGCCACUGGCAGCAACUCUACUGCUGGAUGAUUGCGUCUCUGAUCGUAUGGUUCCUCGACCGCGGCAUCCGGCUCGUCCGCACCUUCACGCUCCACCACUUCAACACCCCCAAUACAUCCCACUCCUUCGGCAUGCACGUCCCCAACGCCCGCAUGACGCUCUUCCAGCGCGCCCACGACGGCGACAUCAUCCGCCUCGACUUCGAACACAACCACGACGAGUGGAAAAUCGGCCAACACUUCUUCCUCUGCUUUCCCGACGUCAGUCUCUGGCAAAGCCACCCAAUGACACCAUGCAACCUGCCUGGUCAAAGCACUACAGGCCAGAACCAUACAUACAUCAUCCGCAGCCGCAAAGGUAUCACCAAACAGCUCGCACAAACCGCAACCUCACCCACUCCAAAUACCUCAGUUCUCCUCUCAGGCCCCUACGGCCAAUCAAUCCUCACAAACGACUUCUACACCCAGGACGACAUCAACGUCUUCUGCGUCGCGGGCGGCACGGGCGUGACGUUCGUCCUCCCCGCUCUCCUCGCUCUAACCUCCCAAUCCCGAGCAUGCCAACGGAGAGGUCUGCUCGAGUUCGCCUGGGUGAUCCGCCGAAAGGAUGAUCUGAAAUGGAUCGAGCCGGAGCUGAACACGCUUAAAGAGGCUGCGGCCUCUGUGUCGAACUUCCGGAUUCGGGUCUUUGUUACGCGCGGGACGCAUGAUAAAGACGCUACACCUUCUACAGCUCCACCACUCGAAGAAUCUAAAGAGGUUAUCGUCGAUCAAUCCUCGUCAAGGUCCUCCUCUCCACUACGAACGAACAUGAAAGAAGAUACAUUCGCCAUCCACGAACCGUCUUCCUCAGCAGCGUCCCUCUCAAGCGGGAACACGCAGCAUCCUGCACUCGGGACACAGCUUGCGGAGUUUGUGGAUAGGACUGUCAGUGGCCCGACCCGUGUUAUUGCCAGUGGGCCGUUGUCUAUGGUGCGGGAUCUUCGCAGUGCUGUUGCUGAGUGUAACAAGCCUGGUGCUGUGUGGAAGGGGGAGGAGAGGUUUGAUGUGCAGCUUUUGCAUGAUGAUCGGUUGGAGUAUUGA